AUGACUGGAGAUUUAUUUAAGGCAAGAUUUGCUGAUUGUCAUUUUGAUGAAUCAGUAUACCCAACAUUAGGGGGAGAACAUAAGUCAUUGGGAAAAGAGAUAGAUUGGAAUUCAUCAUCUCUAUCUCAUCUGGAUCCUCAAACAAACCAAUGUGAGCAAGAAGUUCAAAGAAUAAUUUAUUUGCAGAACAUUGCAAAUCAACUACCAGAUGCAUUUACUAAUUUUCUAAGGAUUACUAAAUCGCAUAUUCCAGCUGUUAAUGCUCCAGUUCGAGUUGAUAUUUCGACGGGACAAAUUGUUAAGGCAAAUGAGUCUAGACCACAUUUGAAGCGUGAUGAAGAUUUUGAGCCAAAAUCUGAUCAUGAAUGUAGACAGAGAAAUGAUUGGCCAAAAUGGAAGGAUGCAAUUCAAGCUGAAUUGGCUUCACUAGAAAACGUGAAGUUUUUGGACCGAUAA